GGAUCCUUGAGUGGUUGUUUGAGCGCCCAUCAUCACCUUCUUACGGCUUUCUUCUUUCCUUACUUCAGAAAAGGCUUCUCGGAUUGAAGGAAAGCAAGCUUCUGAAAUUCUUGGGUUUUAUGUGGAAUCCUCUAUCAUGGGUCAUGGAGGCUGCUGCUAUCAUGGCAAUUGUAUUGGCAAAUGGAGGGGGCCAACCACCAGACUGGCAAGAUUUCAUUGGUAUAGUGAUAUUGCUUUUGAUCAACUCCACCAUAAGUUUCAUGGAAGAAAACAAUGCGGGCAAUGCUGCAGCAGCACUUAUGGCUGGUCUUGCUCCAAAAACCAAGGUUCUAAGAGAUGGAAAGUGGACUGAGCAAGAGGCUGCAAUCUUGGUACCAGGAGAUAUAAUCAGUAUUAAGUUGGGAGAUAUUGUCCCAGCAGAUGCUCGCCUGUUGGACGGAGAUGCCCUCAAGAUUGACCAGUCUGCCCUCACCGGCGAGUCUUUGCCGGUGACGAGGGGCCCCAGUGAUGAAGUCUUCUCUGGCUCCACUGUGAAGCAAGGUGAGAUUGAGGCAAUUGUGAUCGCCACUGGGGUCCAUACCUUCUUUGGUAAGGCUGCUCACCUCGUUGACAGCACAAACCAAGUUGGUCACUUCCAAAAGGUUUUGACUGCGAUUGGAAACUUUUGCAUAUGCUCAAUAGCGUUGGGAAUGGUAAUAGAGCUAGUGGUGAUGUACCCAAUUCAGAAGAGGAAGUACAGGGACGGCAUCAACAAUCUGUUGGUGCUUCUCAUCGGAGGGAUUCCGAUUGCCAUGCCAACGGUCUUGUCAGUGACGAUGGCCAUUGGCUCCCACCGCCUUUCGCAGCAAGGUGCCAUUACCAAGAGGAUGACGGCAAUUGAGGAGAUGGCUGGAAUGGAUGUCCUUUGCAGUGACAAGACCGGAACUCUCACUCUCAACAAGCUCACAGUAGACAAAAACAUGAUUGAGGUCUUUGUGAAGGAUGUGGACAAGGACGAUCUGAUUUUGCUUGGGGCAAGGGCUUCUAGAGUUGAGAAUCAGGAUGCUAUUGAUGCUUGUAUUGUCGGAAUGUUGGGCGACCCCAAGGAGGCAAGAGAAGGUAUUACUGAGGUCCACUUCUUGCCCUUUAACCCAGUGGACAAGCGCACAGCCAUAACUUACAUUGACUCUAAAGGCAAUUGGCACCGGGCCAGCAAAGGUGCACCAGAACAGAUCAUUGAGCUCUGCAAACUCCGGGGUGACACAAGCAAGAAAGCCAAUGCCAUUAUCAGCAAGUUCGCUGAACGUGGUCUUCGCUCUCUCGCUGUUGCUAGACAAACUGUGCCGGAAAAGACCAAGGAAAGUGCAGGAGGGCCAUGGCAGUUUGUUGGUCUGUUGCCUCUUUUUGAUCCUCCGAGGCAUGACAGCGCAGAGACCAUCAGGCGAGCCCUUGAUCUUGGUGUCAAUGUCAAGAUGAUCACCGGUGACCAGCUAGCCAUCGGAAAGGAGACUGGUCGCAGGCUCGGCAUGGGAACAAACAUGUAUCCUUCUUCUACUCUCCUUGGUGAAAGCAAGGAUGAAUCCACUGCUGGCGUCCCUGUUGAUGAGCUUAUUGAGAAGGCUGAUGGCUUUGCUGGUGUCUUCCCUGAGCACAAAUAUGAGAUUGUGAAGAAGCUGCAAGAGAAGAACCACAUAUGUGGUAUGACUGGAGAUGGUGUGAACGAUGCACCAGCUCUGAAGAAGGCAGACAUCGGGAUCGCUGUGGCCGACGCAACUGAUGCAGCCAGGAGCGCGUCAGACAUUGUCCUGACCGAGCCGGGAUUGAGUGUGAUUAUCAGCGCCGUGUUGACAAGCCGAGCCAUCUUCCAGAGAAUGAAGAACUACACUAUCUAUGCCGUUUCGAUAACCAUUCGAAUUGUGCUCGGAUUUUUGCUCCUUGCUCUCAUCUGGAAGUUUGAUUUCUCACCCUUUAUGGUCCUGAUCAUCGCCAUUCUCAAUGACGGCACGAUCAUGACUAUCUCCAAAGACAGAGUGAAGCCAUCUCCUCUUCCUGACUCAUGGAAGCUCAGAGAGAUCUUUGCCACCGGCACAGUUCUCGGAACGUACUUGGCUGUCAUGACUGUUGUUUUCUUCUGGCUCGCUCAGAGUUCCGACUUCUUCACGGUAGAAUCAAAUUACACGAAAAAAUUGCUUCGAAUUUUAGAAUGGAACUUGACAAAUUUUUACUCACUCAAAAAUUUGCAGGAAAGGUUUGGAGUAAAAUCUAUCAGGAACAGUGAAGCCGAACUCACUGCAGCUAUUUACCUUCAAGUGAGCAUUGUGAGUCAGGCUCUUAUCUUCGUUACGAGGUCUCGAAGCUGGUCUUACGUCGAACGCCCUGGUCUACUUCUAGUGGCUGCAUUCCUUGCAGCACAACUGAUGGCUACACUUAUUGCUGUGUAUGCAAAAUGGGAAUUCGCCAGAAUCCGCGGAAUUGGCUGGGGAUGGGCAGGAAUCAUAUGGGUUUACAGCAUCAUCUUCUACAUACCUUUGGACAUUCUCAAGUUCUUUAUCCGGUACGCAUUGAGUGGAAAAGCCUGGGAUAAUUUACUCCAGAACAAGACUGCUUUCACAACAAAGAAGGACUAUGGAAGGGAAGAGAGGGAAGCACAAUGGGCAAUGGCUCAUCGUACCUUGCAUGGGCUGCAGGCUCCACAAACAUCAGAUAUCUUUACUGAUAAGGCCACCAGCUACAGGGAACUGUCGGAAAUCGCUGAACAAGCUAAAAAGCGCGCCGAAGUUGCAAGGUUAAGGGAGCUUCACACACUCAAAGGGCACGUUGAAUCAGUUGUCAAGCUCAAGGGACUUGACAUUGACACCAUUCAGCAACACUACACUUGCUAAGCUGGUUU